AUGAGGCCAACAUUUCUAAUUUUUGGUUUGGUCAUCAUACUGACAUGUGCACCUUCGUUGAAUUGUCAAACGUUCCAUCCAACAUACUUUCGUAAGUUCUUACUUCAUGCUACCUGGGCUAACAUUCAGAAGUUAUCUCAAAACUUAAAUAAGGACAAAACAUUGGCUCAGCAGAUAACAAGACUCAAAAACUGGACUUCAAAAAAUUUUGGCACCGUCAAAGUGAAGUCGAACACAUUUUAUGACAAUCGGACAUAUGCUCUAGAGAGACUCACCGAAUUUGUUACCAUGCGCUCCUACUUGAGACCUCUAAUUAACACUUUUGUUAAAAAUCAAUUGACUACUGAGAUUGGAUCGUCAGAUGCACAAAAGGUUGUUAAUGCGUAUUGGAGACUUGAUCAUUACGAAAUGGGAAUAAACCCUAGAAACGCCAUGAGUCAGAUAGAAAAUGGAGCUCAUAGUUUUGUGGCCGAGAAAUACAAAGAUAAGAUACGAGAUAUACUGUAUGUAAUUCAGAACAAGGCUUUGGAGAACAAUGAUAAGUGGAAAUACUCAGACGCUUUCUACUUCAAUUUGAACACGCUCGAAUACAUAGCCGACAUGAAUACAAAAAAAGGAUUCAAUUUCGAAUUUCCGGGAUAA